AUGGCAGGGGACGUGCCCACUGUGGAGGAGAUAAUCGACUUGGAGGACAAUGGAAGCUGGGAGGGGCCAGUGGCUACCUUCGUCACUGAUGAGAAAAGCCAGUGCAGAGAUGAGCAAGAAGGUAUAAUGGGGCGAGGCACUCAGUUCAGUUUACAUUUAAAAGGGCACUGUGUUCUGGCAGGAUUUGCUUUUAAAAUAAAAGCCGCCAGCGCCGCUCGCUUAGGCGCGCAGAAGGGUGGGGGACGGUCCCUGCUCUCCACUCCCACCGCGCGGGGACCAGCCGCCGCCCGGCCUCCUUCUCCUUCCUUUGCCACCCGGGGGACAGGUCUGACAACAGACUCUUCAACAGUUCGAGGGCAGAGGGAGGUGGAAGACAGUCCUUCCUUCCAUCCCCGCCUCGCGGCGAAUCCCCUCCUCCGCCGAGGAGAUCGGGGUCUAGGCAGUGAGAGAGGCCAGGAGGCUGCGUCCCGCUACCCGGCUCCGGGCCGCGCAGUGCCGGUUCGGCUCCCGCAAGGCCGCUCGGAACCGCGGGGCUCGACUGUGACAGCUCGGGGCUGGGAGGCGGGGAGCCUCCUUUCUCCCCACCCCCGCUCCACAGCGAUCCAGACGCCGCCCGGGCCUAGUCCUCCCCGCACCUCGCCAGGCCGGGAGCUGCAGGAGGACGAGGCUCAGUUUCCCCGAGCGCCCGUCUUCGCGCUCGGGCCGCAGCAGCUGCGCCCUUUGCGAACAGGAAGGGAGCGCAGAGGGGCCCGGGGCGGAGGGGCCAGUGGGAGCCCCGGGCCCGCAGCUCGGCUUCAAGUUUCCAUCAGCGAGCGGUUGUGCAACAGCCAGAGGAGUAGGAGCCGCGGGCGCCUCGGAAAACAAGUCGAGCCUAUAAACAAAGCCACGUGGCCUCCGGGCUGGGGGGGCCGGGCUAAGAGCAGGCGGCUCUUCCGGCAACAAAGAGCCGCGGCCGGCGGCCCAGGAUAA